UUAUUUUUUGUUGUGAAAUUACCGAAAAAUUUUGAUAAAAAUCCAGUUUAAUUGAGUUUAAUUUGGUAUUCCCAGUAUUAUUAUUGUCCGAAUCGAUAAAUAAAGUGCAACUAUGCCUUACGCAAAUCAGCCCUCUGUGCAUAUUACGGAACUAACCGACGAAAACGUUAAGUUUGUCGUCGAAGACACCGAACUUAGCGUCGCUAAUAGUAUGCGACGUGUGUUUAUUGCUGAAACACCAACGAUGGCUAUUGACUGGGUACAACUGGAAGCCAAUUCGACCGUUCUUAGUGACGAGUUUCUGGCACAUCGAAUAGGUCUCAUUCCUCUCAUAUCUGACGACGUCGUUGACAAAAUUCGCUACUCGAGAGACUGUAUGUGCGCCGACUUCUGUUCCGAAUGCAGUGUUGAGUUCACGCUCGACGUGAAGUGCACGGACGAGCAGACGCGGCACGUGACGACGGCGGACCUGAAGUCGAGCGACCCGCGCGUGGUGCCGGUCACCUCGCGACACCGCGACGAGGACCAGGCCGACUAUGGGGAGACCGACGAGAUCCUCAUCAUCAAGCUGCGUAAAGGACAAGAGCUCAAGUUGCGAGCUUACGCCAAGAAAGGUUUCGGAAAGGAGCAUGCCAAAUGGAAUCCUACAGCUGGAGUUUGCUUUGAAUAUGACCCUGACAACAUAAUGAGACACACCCUGUUCCCUAAACCAGAUGAAUGGCCAAAGAGUGAGCACACUGAGCUAGAUGAAGACCAGUAUGAGGCAGAAUUCAAUUGGGAAGCAAAACCGAAUAAAUUCUUCUACAAUGUGGAAUCUGCGGGGGCGCUGAAACCAGAGAAUAUUGUGUGUAUGGGGAUUGUUGUGUUGAAAAAUAAACUGUUGAAUUUACAGGUUCAACUGGCUCAAGAAGCCCAGAAUGAUGCAUUAGCUAUUAAUUAAUUUAAGAAUAACAUACAAUAAAGUCUUCAAA